AUGUGCAGUGUCUUGAUCGUUCUUUUUUCAAGUUAUGGUAUCUUUGAUCUUGCAAAUUUUCUUGGAGUCAAAUUUUUGGAAAAAUUAGAAUCUGUUGUUGAUUAUAGAUCUACUGUUCGUGUUCUUGAAUUAAUAUGGACUGCUGUAGCUCUUGCAAUACGUAUCUACAUAAAAAAAAAAAACCUUAAUAUACAUGAAAUUUGGGAAAGUAGCAAAGUUGUAAAUUCAGCAUUUAGAAUCUGGUACCUCUACUACCAAUGGGCCGGAAUAUUUAAAGCUCAUCGUAUUGGAAUUCGAGUUGGAAAUUAUGAUUUACAAAAAAAUGCUUUAGCUGCAUUUGGUGGAUUAUUUGCUUCAGCAGCUAAAACUCGUUAUGCCAGUUCUGUAUGCCAUUUUAUUGGUAUUUUGGAAAAAUUUCCCAGGUUAGAAGAUAAAUUACGUUAUGCAGCUUCCAUUAGAAUUGAUCAUAAUGAAAAACGAAAAGGACAUUUCUUUGCAUAUGAUGAGGCGUUAGAAACUUUUGGAGUUAAAUUCAUAAAGCAGAAUAUAUCAGGAAAUGUAAUUAACAUGGAAAGUUUAAAAUUACAAAUAAAAUCAGCACAAACAGAACGGGAUCGAAUUGGAAUCUUAUUAUCUGAAUAUCUUAAUGACCCAACAGCAUCUACUGGAAAUCAUGCAAUAAACCAAAGAUAUGAUGCAAUGUGGAAAUUAGUUAAUAUUCUUCUUCAAGAAUUUGAUAAAACAAAUGAAUCUUUUCUUAACAAUGACAUGUGGAAAAAUGUUUACCAGACACAACUGACAGUUGAAGGAGUAACUCGGCUUAAAAACUGCUUUCCUGAUGGAGUAAUUCGUAUGCGAGCAAUUUAUUAUGAAGAUGUUCUUAAAACAAGGUCGAUUCAGUCAGGGAGAAGCAAAUUAGGUGUACCUAAAUUAAAGAUAUUAGCUUUUCAAAAAGAGCUUAAGGAAUCAACAAAAAAUAAAAAAACAACAGAACGUACACAAACUUUAGAUUCACAAUUUCAAUUAAAUCAAUUGAAUGCUGAAGGAUCCAAUAUUGUAGCACAAAAUGAAAAUGAAUUACAAGAUACACUUGAAUCACGUAAACGUAAACGAAAAGCUAAACGAAUUCCUAAUUCAGAAGAAGAAAGCCUUUUAGAACCCUUAAUUUUGAGUCAAAAUGAACCAACAAAUGAAGAAAUAAGAGAAAAAUUGAAUACCUUGUCAGAUGAAUGGGAUUUAAGUCGAGUUAAGCAACAUGUUCAAUAUCGAAGAAAGAAAAGAGCAGUAGCAGUACCUUUCGGAGAAACUUCUGAAGUUCGUAAAGAAUAA